UUAGGCAGAAGGUCCUUCAGCAGACAUCUCUUCAGCAGCACAAUGUGGAAGAUGGACAGAGCAGCCUCUGUAACGAUCCUCAUCAUCCUUCUGUGUGCCAUUGCUGCACAGGGUAUUCCAAUCCCAGGAGCACAAGGACGGUGCCAGUGCAUUCAGACCAGCUCUGAUGUUAUUUGUCCGAAGUUCAUCCAGAGCUUGAAAUAUAUUCCCAGAGGAUCUCACUGUGAGAAUACAGAGAUAAUCGUCACCCUGAAAAAUAAGAAGAAAGUGUGUGUGGAUCCUGAUGCCAAGUGGGUGGAGGUUCUCAUCACAGCCAAGAAAGGUGGCAAACAUCACAUUUCAAAACCACGAAGGUGCAAGUUGAGGGAAUCACUUCCAUCCUGAAUUAUCUGACGGGGAAUGAAGGAAGAUCAGCCCUGGGUGUUAACUCUGUGAAAUCAUCUUCAAAUGGUUCAUUUCAGUGUCUCCUCUACGUUGUCUUUGGAGAAUGAUCUUGGUGUUCCUCCCUAUCACAGGACAUGUUUACACCCUGUCAUAUUACCUAUUUACAUUUGAAGAAACCACCUGAUGUUUGCGUUAAACUUUGUGCCAAGUUCGAAGUUUCUCUUGACAUCUGUGGUAAUUAUGGUAGACCCUGGACUUGUAAAGCCUAUAGAAAAGACAAAAUGAGAUUGUUGUUAAGACUUUAAUGUUAGCAAUGAGAGUGGGAGAUGAUGAUGAUGUUAGAAUAACUUCAUUCAUUAAUUACCAUGGAUCAUUGUUCAAAAGGAAUGGUCCAUAAGAGAAGCCAGUGAUGGGGUGGUGGACUGUGCUCUCUGCCAUCCCUGAAAUUAAGGCUGGAGGACCCUGAAAUAAAAUUCACACAUUGUUCACAUCCCCUCCCCCGUCCCCUGCCGCUCUCACUCUCGCUAAUGAACCGAGCUGCUGGCAUCAAAAAGUAACACUGCCAAUGACUUAAAAGCAAUUUGUUAUCACACACUGUCUUCUCAAGUCCAUGUAAUUUACCAGAAAUGAGAGGGGAUAAGUUGGUCUGAGUACAAAGAAUAAUUAUUUUUGGUUAUUUCAUUAGAAUGAUCUGGGUUAGAAUGGUGAAGG